UUAGUAAUAAAUAAAUGUUCAUUUUACGCAAGACAAAAAGUCAGAAACAGAGACACAAGAUAUUGUAGUACAGUAUAUAACUAAAAUACUGCGCGCAAUAAUUGGUGGUUCUCUCUUUCUCUCUCUUCAGCAAGAUGGCUUCAAUCUUGGCAAGGAUGCCUUCCCCUCCGUUGAUGAUGAUCAAUGGAAGAAAACCCAUUUUUGGGACGCCUCAGAAAUUCCCAAUUCCAACAGCUAAAGAGAGAGUAAAUCGCUUUGGAGUGAUAGCAAAGGCCACUGGAGAAAGCUCAGAAUCUUCGAUUGUCAAGUCCAUUCAGGAUGUUUGGGACAAGUCUGAAGAUCGGCUGGCUCUGAUUGGUCUAGGAUUCGCAAGUGUUGUUGGUUUCUGGGCAGCAAUUAAUAUUGUGACGGCCAUCGACAAACUUCCUAUUGUUCCAAAUCUGCUUGAGCUCAUCGGACUGUUAUUUGCCUCGUGGUUCACAUACCGAUACCUCUUAUUCAAACCUGACCGACAAGAACUAUCGCAGAAAGUCAGCAAGUCGAUAUCGGAUAUAUUGGGGCAGUAAUGUGAAGACUCAACACAACUUUCUUUAGUGGUCCGUGUUGUGUUUUGUGUAUAUGUGUUAAUUUUUACCUCAUUUUGUAACAUAGUAUGUGAUUAUUAUAAAAGGAGAUAUAGAAUCCCUUCUCCAAAUGCCUGCUGGUUGUAAUGAUAUAUAACUGUAUAAACUAUCUCCUCCGCCAGAUUGUUAUCAAGCUAUGAAUGAAUAUCUCUCUUUUUUAUUUUUU